UCGUCUAGUCUCCAUAGCAACAGGAAAACUUUAGUUGGCCAGCUUCUAUUUUGUUGCCUCAACUAAACUUCAACGUGUUUCCAGCAGUUUUCACUGGACCGCUGGUUUUAGUUUACCUGAAGAUGUCCGCCAGCGUCGUGCGGCAGCUUUGUGACUUUUGGUCGAUGCUGGAUGAUCUUUCUGAGAACAACCCUGAAGCCUACAACAGCUUCAUUAAGGAACAAAUGAAAGGAUCUGCUGAACGCAGCGCCCCGCCGGAGCUCCACUCCUGUUUGUGCACUGAAAUACUGGAACCAACAAAAGGUUUGCUGUACAUCAAUCUGUGCAGCUGGGAACGUGUACCUGCACCUGAGGAUCUUAGUAAACCUUUGCCUUUAUAUGGAGGAAAAAAGGAAACAGGCAAAAAUCAAGGCACAUACACUGUGUUGGAUGUCGCUCUAAAUCCAGGAGUGUUGCAGCAGUGUAAAGAUAAAACAGAGAUGAAUGAGCUCUAUACGCUGACCCUGAGCUUCACCCAACAGCAACAUGGGUUGACAUUAUCUCAUCAGUACACUGUCAUCAGCUGUAGCCCCAGCAGUAGUCCAGAUGACUUGUUCCGCCGCCUUGGGUUUUGGAGCAUGUCUGAAAACAUCAAGCAGCAUGAUAUAGUUAAUCAGACCCCAGCUUCCCUCGUGCAGCAGCUUUCUUCUUUACGUAUGGAGAAGCAACAGGAGGACCCAGCAGUGCAAAUUAAUUUUUGCAGUGUAGGGCACAGGAAAAAGGAUUUGAUCCAGGUAAUCUCCUCCACAUUUGUGCAGCCACAGAGGCCGGAGUACCAGCUGGAGGUGAGGACUGACAACACGAGAGCUCCUCGCAGCGUGGAGCUGACAGUGGAGCUGCCAAAACUUUGCUCCAUGUCCAACUGCCAGCUAAGAAUUUCCAAGGAUGAUGUCUUGCUGGAAGUAGAGGAUCUUUAUUAUUUACUGUUGGAGUUUCCAAAUCCAGUAAAUGAAGACAGUGCAUCUGCCACCUUUAAUAAGAAAACACGUAGGCUCACUUUGAAUGUGGAUGUUUUGUGACACAUCUCAUUUUAAAAACUAAAGCCACUUAGUCUGAAAUGGUUUGCCAUAGCGGAACUUUACACUUACUGAUCUCUAGGAGACGUCCAGCCGCCCUGCUGCAAAUUCUGUUCCGGCAAAGUAAAGACAGCAAAUCCAACCAAGUUUAUUACAAAAUAAAUCUACUGAGUGCUUAAAUAUUA